GUCCGUUCCAAGCCUCGACGCGUCUGUCUGUCAUCGCACGGCACAGAAGGCAGAACCCCCCAACCACGACCGGCGACCGCGCACCGCCCGGCCAGAUCCCCGCCCGCCGGCAGCGACCAUGGCGGCGACCAAGGCCGCCGGCGAGGAGCCGGCCCUCGGCAUCCCGUACAACCCGGCGCAGGCCCAGGGCAGCUACUACUACCCGCCGGACCCCUACGCGGCGGGGCGGGUGCCGCCGAACGCGAUCUACGCCGGCGCGCCCAAGGGGGUGCCCCUGCAGCACACCAUGUUCCGCGACACGCCCGCCCCCUUCCACUGCCAGUCCUGCGGCGACGCCGCCGUCACCUCCGUCCGGUCGAAGCCGAGCGUCGCAUCAGUUGUGGCUUGCAUGAUGCCAUUCUUUCUGGGCGUGUGCUUCCUGUGCCCCUCCAUGGACUGCCUCUGGCACAAACAGCACUACUGCCCCAGCUGUGGAGAAAUGGUGGCUGAGUUCAAGAAGGACGAUCCAUGCAUCGUCAUCGACCCAACCAGCUGGACCGAGCCGAGCUUUGCCGUGCCUGCUUAGAGCGCUCACAUGAACUGCCUGAUAUGAAUAUAUGAUAUAGUUUCCAACUGUGUGUUGUUCUUGUGUGACCUGUACAUAAAUAAAAUGGCUACUUUGUCAUUGUAUCAUGUAGCAUGUUGUUUCUUAGUUUGUGUCCACUGUCUGCUGGGUAAUGCUUGACUUUGUUCUGUUUGGAUUGCCACGGAUGUGUAUCCCUCCACCUAGUGGGAUUCUUUCUCUUGUGUCUUUGUCUUAGAUAUUUUCCUUAUAGUUAUUAUCACUGACUUGUUGAUCA